ACGAUAGAAAAAUAUGUGCUGCCUGUCGGUCAGUAUUGGCCGCAGAUAUUUAGCGAGGAAUUUCGUACUCUAACCGAUACUUAGCAAAAAAAAAAAAAAGAAAACGAAUUUUCUGGUGUCUUGCAACACUCCUGCGUCCAGAAUCUCGCAAAUUUUCUUUUAGCAACGGUCACGUUCUUAGCUUAGGCCUCAUCCGACUGAGCCUCUCCUUUUCCCUCACAGUGGGUAUGAGUCACAGGUGCAGAGGAUAAGGAGGCCGGGGCUCGGAAUGGCGGCGUGGGCGCCGCUUCGGCUGCUGAUCGCCUUCGCGGCGGCGUCCGCCGUUCUCCGGCAGGCGGCGGCGACCGAAGCCGGCGGAUUCUACCGCCCGGAGGCGGGGGCCGACUACUACGGAGCGGCGCCGGACCGAGCCGACGUGGACGACGCUCCGCCGCCGCCUCCACCGGGCAGCGCCCUCGCGAUGCGCGGUCGCCUCGCCAGGGAAGGCGCAGGCCGUCCGAGGGCGCCACCCAUGGCAGCCGCACAGCCGCGUUGCCGCGAAGACGCCUACCUCGAGCUGCGCUCCAUGUGCGAGCGCAACCUGGACGAGAUCAUGCGCCUCUACACGAAGGGCGACCACGCGCAAUCCUGCCAGCGUCUGCACCAGUACGCGUCGUGCGUGGGCAAGGCACUGAACCGCACCCGUUGCCACCGGCUGGCUGACCUGGCGAUGCGCGAGCGACAGAGGAUGCGCUCCAACGUGAACGACUACAACUGGAGCUGCUCCACCAGCAGCAGCCGCCAAGAGUACGCUGGUGGCGCCGGAGGAAACUGUGACGGAAAGGAGCUCAUCAACCACCACAUGAGGUGCGGAUCCACGUUCCAGAACUUCGUUGGAUCCAUCAACGUGUACAAGGAGCAGGCGAAGGCGUGCCGCGCCGUACGCGACUACAAGGACUGCGUGAAGCCCAUCUUCCAGAACGAGGACUGCCAUGGAAACCAAGAGCUGAUGGACCGGCUGCUGCGGUUCUCGCACACCGUGCUCAAGGAGUACAGCUCGGCCUGCGCGGAGCAGCAGCAGCGUAGAGGGGGAGGAGGAGGAGAGUACCAGGACGCUCCUGGAGGAGGAGGAAGUGGAGGCGGCAUCGGCUACGACGAUGAUGACGGUGGCGUGGGCACCGGGUUCUGCCGCUUCGAGCAGCUGCGCCAGAAGACGCUUCAGUGCCAGCGCGAAGGCUACAGCGUCAUACGAACCAGGGACGCGCACGCCAAAGCCGACAUCUGCGAGGAGCUCAAGGUCUUCAAGGACUGCGCCGUGGCCGCGCUGAAGGCUACUCACUGCAGUAGGGAGAAGAACGCGCGCCAGCACGUGAUCGGCGCCGUGCGCGAGUCCUUCCAGCGGUUCGGCAUCGAAUGCACGGGGCUGUGGAACGCGGCCGCCUCGACACACUCGGCCGCCACGCCCGGCGCGGCGGCGCGAGCCCUGCUCGCCGUGGCGCUCACGCUGGCGCUGCUCGGGGGGGCGCCGCCGUAGCGAGCGAAAUUACACGCCGCUUCGCCAGAUUGCUGCAACCCCGCUGCCUUGUUCACUUGCGCGCAAACGCCCCUUAUGACGUAACGGAUAUGUUGAGGGGGGAAGAACUGCUAUAAGUAGCUUUAUGAAGCGGCCAACAAAUAUCGCGUCGAUACAACUUGCGUUUUGGCACUGGCUAGUGACGUAUUAAUGACAUAUACUGCCCUUCACGUAAAUAAAAAGGAAGAAUAGAGGAUAAAAUACGCAGAAAACAGGAAGGUGUGUAGACCGUUACGUCAGCCAAAAACCUUGAGGAGCUUCUUGAGCUUGCGUUCUAAAUUACAGCUACACGACACGAAAAGUAACCCUAACCGGGACCAUUCUAGAGGGAUCUUUCUUUUAGUUGCCAUUAUAGUUCACUAUUCUGAGUGUAGCAGAUGAAACGGGAAGAGAGCGAAAACGUCAGCUUGCAUAUACUUCUCGCGGCUUGGGCGAAGAUGAUAACGGACGUUAUGCACUGAGUGGAAAUUAACGUACGUUAUUUGCGUCUUCGCGGUAUGCGUUUAUCUGUCUUAUUUCUUUUCACAAUGCAGAGGUGCAAAUGUUGAGAAGAAAACGUAAUACUUCGAAACAUUACUAUCUUGCGCACCGGCUGCUAUGCCUCUAUUAGAUAUG